AUGGCUUCUCCUUCUUCUUCCGAUAAAACCACCAGUGAUCCCCAAAAAUCAGACAAAGAUCGAGAUGAAAACGAGGGCAAAAAAUUAGGGCAAAAUAAAAUACCAAUGCCAAAUUCAAAGACGAAGAAUAAGAGGGCACGCGGCGAGCAAACCGAAGCCAAAAAGACAUCAUGGGUGUGGAAGCAUUUUACUGUGGUGAAGAAACCAUUGAUGAGUAGAAACGAGGAGGGGAUAAUGGUCCAAGUUGGAUUAACCAACCGAGCUCAAUGCAGGUACUGUCAAUCUGACUUGGCUUGUAAUUCUACGAGAAAUGGAACUAGCACACUUCAAAAACAUUUAGAACUGCAUUGUCACAGUUAUCCGGGUAGUGCAAGAAAUACUGAUUCUAGUCAAAAACAUUUUUCAAGAGAUGGAGAGGGUAAUGAAUCGAUUGUCACACACUGGACCCAAGAAAAUUGCACUAAGGCAGCUGUUGAAAUGAUAAUUAUAGAUGAAAUGCCAUUUAGUGCUAUUGAAAAAUCAGGGUUUAAAAGAUUUUGUUCAGUUGUUGUGCCAAAAUGGAAGAUUCCUUGUAGAAAAAUGGUGGUGAAACAUUUUUUGAGCAUGUAUAAUUCCAAAAAAGAGUGUUUGAAAGAGGAACUUAGGAAUCAUUGUGUUUGUUUGACCACUGAUACAUGGACCUCAAUUCAGAACAUAAACUACAUGGUAAUUACAGCACAUUUCAUUGAUAGCAAUUGGAAUAUGCACAAAAGGGUGCUGAACUUCUGUGUGAUUCCUAAUCAUCAAGGAAUUACUAUAGGGAAGAUUUUAGAAAAAUGUUUGCAGGAUUGGUCUAUCAAGAAGAUUUUAACAAUUUCUGUUGAUAAUGCAUCUGCAAAUAAAGUGGCAAUAGAUUACAUGAGAAGGAAACUAGGCAAUGGUGAAAAACAACAGAUUCUAGGGGGAAAGUUUCUUCAUAUGAGGUGCUUAGCUCAUGUUGUGAAUCUUAUUGUCAAAUCUGGACUUAAAUGCAUGGAUAAAUCAAUUGCUUCUAUUAGAAAUGCUGUAAAAUAUGUGAGGAGCUCACCUGCAAGGUUGGAAACCUUUAAAGAAUGUGUAAUAAAAGAAGAACUUCAGAGUAGAAAGGUGUGUGUUUUGGAUGUGCCAACUAGGUGGAAUUCCACCUUUAUUAUGCUUGAAACUGCUGUUAAACUUAGGCAAGCAUUUGAAAGAUUGGCUGAAGAGGAGGAGACUAAGUAUAAAAGUUAUUUUGAUGAGGAUGAUGAGGAAAAUGAGGAUGUAGAAGAUGAUGUUCUAGGGAUUGACUUUGAGAAAGCACCUGAUGAACCUAUAGGAGGCCAAGAGGCUGAAAUUAUUAGAAAAAAGAAAGACAAAGGAGUGAGAGGGAAGAAAGUGGGGCCUCCAACUGAGGAUGAUUGGGAAAAAGUUGUAGCAUUUGUCAAGUUUUUGAGAGUGUUUUUUGAUGUCACUUUGAAUGUUAGUGCUUCAAGCAAACCUACUGCUCACAAAGCAUUCCAUGAUAUUGUUUCAAUUAAAUACCCUAGGUUCAAGCUAAGAUAUUUCAGUAGGGUUCUUGAGAGGAUGCUGAAUUAUGAUGCCUUUACUGUAAAAGUAAGGACAGAAAGCUUGAAAGAGUUGAUUGUUACUCUCACUGACUUAUAUGCUUCAAUGAAUGGUGUUCCAAAUUCAAGCACAAAAAAGGCAUAUGGUGAUGAAACUGGGAGUGGAAGCAGUUGUUCUUCAAAUAAGCUGACGGGGAAGAAAGCAAAAAUGAUGGAAGAUUGGAAAAAGGAUCUUGAAGAUGUUGGUGCUGUUGUAGUUGCUCAUGAGGUAGACAGAUACCUACUUGAUCCAAUUGAAAAGCCAGGGCCAGGAGUUGAUUUUGAUAUAUUGUCAUGGUGGAGGCUAAUGGAAGGUAAGUAUCCUAAUUUGCAAGCACUUGCUAAAGAUGUGCUAGCCAUUCAAGUUAGUACUGUUGCUUCUGAGUCGAGUUUUAGCACUGGGAAAAGAGUUAUUGAUCCACAUAGGAGUUCAUUAACUCCUAGAUCAGUGGAAGCACUAAUUUGCCUUCAAAGUUGGCUUAAGUCUGAUGCAAUCACAACCCUUGCAUAUACUCCUACCCCAGAUGAAAUUGAAUGGCUUGAAAAAACUGAACAAGAAUUGGACCAAGAGGAGAGAGAGCAUAGAGAGAAGUUGGAUAAGCAAAAGGAAAUUGAGUUGAUUGAGAAGAAAAAUAAAGUUAUGAAAGCCUCCAAAGGCUCUGAUGCAGCAAAUUCUUCCAAAAAGAAGAUUUAA